UCGCAAUCAGUUUCGAUUUUCAAGCGCUUCUGAGAAGUUUACUAAAUUUCCCCGUUAGUGUUUAUUAAUAUUUUUUAAAUUUUCUUGCAAUAAAAAUAAGCAAAUAAAAAGUAUGCGUUUCCUCAACGCUUUAGCUUUACUCUGCGCGGUGCUAAUUCCGCCCAGCGCCUUAGCUGCCGAUAAGAACUUAGUGUGUUUCUACGAUUCUGCGAGUUAUCUGCGUCAAGGUUUCGCCAAAUUAUUGCCCACGGAUCUGGAACUCGGCCUUAACUUCUGCUCGCACCUUAUCUACGGCUAUGCUGGCCUUAAACCGCAAACACACGAGGUCUACAGUCUCAAUGUCGAUCUUGAUAUGUUUCAUUAUCACGAGAUUUUGCUGCUGAAGGCGAAAUACCCGAAGAUGAAGGUGUUUCUAAGCGUUGGCGGCGAUCGUGAUGUGGACGAAGCGAAUCCGCUCAAGUAUCUAGGUCUCUUGGAGAGCGGCAAAGAGGGCCAACAGAGUUUCAUUGAUAGCUCUAUUGCGUUGCUGAAACGUAACGGUUUUGAUGGCUUGGAUUUGGCCUUGCAAUUGCCACGCAACAAACCGCGCAAGGUGCAUGGCACUGUAGGCUCUUACUGGAAGAAAUUUAAGAAGCUCUUCACUGGCGAUUUCGUUGUGGAUCCGCAGGCUAGUGAGCAUAAGGAACAGUUUACAGAUUUUUCAAAGAACUUGCGUGAUGCCUUGCAGCGUGCGAACCUUUCGUUGGCGUUGACCGUUUUGCCGAAUGUCAAUUCGACCUGGUAUUUCGAUGUGCCCAAAAUCCAAAACAAUUUCGAGUUCAUCAAUCUACUAGCCUUCGACUUCCUUACGCCGACACGCAAUCCCGAUGAAGCCGAUUAUACCGCACCAAUCUAUCCGCUCACUGAACAAAAUCGCCUACCACACUACAAUAUCGAAUACCAAGUCGACUACUGGUUGAAGAAUCAAUGUCCCGGCGCUAAAAUCAAUCUCGGCAUUGCCACCUAUGGACGCGCAUGGAAAUUGACACCGGAUUCAGGCUUAUCAGGCGUUCCUGUCGUGGCGGAAACUGAUGGACCCGCACCAGCUGGUCUACAAUCACAAAUCGCCGGCUUACUGAGCUGGCCGGAGAUCUGCGCAAAAAUGCCGAAUAACGUGAAUGCCGACUAUCGCGGUGAGAAUGCGCCGUUACGCAAAGUUACCGAUUUGGAGCAGCGCUACGGCAAUUAUGCCUUGCGACCGGCGGACGAGAAUGGUGAACACGGCAUGUGGGUGAGCUACGAUGAUCCGGACUUCGCAGCGAUCAAGGCGAGCUAUGUGCGCACGAAGGGACUGGGCGGUGUGGCGCUCUACGAUUUGAGCUAUGACGACUUCCGCGGCUUGUGCACGGGUCUGAAAUUCCCCAUACUGCGUGCGAUCAAGCAUUUCUUAUAAGUUUAUUUGGUUAGGCUAAGCUGUACAUAUGUAUGUGUUUAUUUUUGUUAGUGGUUUUAGAAAAUUUAAUAAAAUAUAAUAUAUAGCAA